AUGGAUUUUACAAAGUCUUUCUUGUCCAUACUACUAUUUUUAAUUUGUAUACUAAUAUUACAACAAUAUUGCAAUGCAAAACAAAUCGAUGUCUUCUUUCAAGAGUUCGUUCAAAAAACAUUUUCUACAUCCUCUCAAUAUAAUUUAUUUGUAAAUGAUAUUACAUUAUGUCCAUCGUUAAAACCUCGCACAUCCCCUCCGGCAAACGUACAUGAUUUACGUCCAGAUGAUAUUAAGGUGAUCAUGGCACUAGGUGAUAGCAUUACUGCAGGAUUUCAAGUAGAUGCAACCUGCGAUGAAAAUAAUAAUACUGCUAAUAAAUUAUAUGAGUAUCGUGGUCUUAGUUAUGCUAUGGGUGGGGAUACUGGUGCUGUUAGCGUAGCAAAUUUUUUAAAAUAUUAUUCUCCAGAAUUGAAAGGUGCUUCUCUUGGAUAUCAUCAUAUAGAAGUUUGUUUUGGAGUUCUUUGUCCGCCAAAACAAUAUAAGCCAGAGCUAGACCAGAUGAAUGCUGCACAGUCUGGUGCGAUGGCCAAGAACCUUGACCAUGAAGUCGAGUAUUUAUUGCAACAAAUUCAAAAAGAGCCGGAAGAGAUAAGAAAUUCUUGGAAGACUGAACAGCAUACAUUAUUUCAGUUUUUAAACGUAUUCAUUGGUCCGAAUGACCUUUGUUUCCAAUGUAUAAGCAUCAUUCCCAAAGAAGAAAAGACAUUUGAAGAUUAUGUUUAUGAUGCAUUAGAAAAGAUUCGCGCAAACGUACCAAAUGUUAUCGUAAACAUUAUUGGGAAUUUUAACGUUUCUCAAAUUUAUAAAAUCACUCGUGGUCAAACUGAAUAUUGUAAGAAACUCGGUGUAUUGCCGAAUCUUGAAUGUGAAUGCGCCUUUUUUGAUGGUCCAGAAGGUGACAAAAAACGCCAAAGAAUGGAUGAGAUCGCACAUGAAAAUAAUGCUGCAAUUAAUAGGAUCGUACAACAUUAUGCUGAUCAUCCAAAUGAUAAUUUUGCUGUUGUGUUUCAACCUUUUGAUCUGGAUUUGAUGAGCUUUCCGAUUGAUGCCCUUAGUUGUGCUGAUUGCUUUCACCCAGGCUUGAAACUUCAUCAAUUCUCGGCAAAAUUUUUGUGGAAUAAUUUUAUAAUUCCUUCAAAGUCUCGGCAUGUUACUAUUAAAUGGGAUGCUUCAAAAAAAAUCAGGUGUUGGAAUGACGAUGAUCGCAUUGCGACUUUUUGA